CUCAGAUACCUAGGUCAGCGGAUGAUACAUCAGAAAGAAGUUUGCGAGCAAGACAUGAAAACAGAACUUUGCCGAUGUCUAACAACACCUCAGUUGACUCUCCUGGGUGUAGGAAAUACAAUUGGUGUUGGAAUUUAUGUUAUGCUUGGGGUUAUGGCUAAAGAAAAUGCAGGUAUGAAUUUUAAAAAAAAAAGUAUUAGUUAAAACUGUCAAUAAGUUCUGUUUGUUAACAUCAUUCAGAAUCUCAUUCAUGUUACCGGUACACGAAAGACUUGGUCCAGUGUAAAGCAAUUAAGGACUCAAAGAUGUAGAAAUUCAUUUGUUCCCCAAUCUGUCAGAAUUUAACAGCAUCCUUCCCCAUUAGGACAUCAGAAUGUUGUGAGCAUGCUAAAAUAGCAUGGAUACAAGCCUAUAAAAGCACCCAAUCAACAUAUUAUGUUAAAAAAAUAAAAUAAUCCCUCUCAAUUUUGAUAUUGGAAUGAUAGAAAUGAUGUGUGAUGAUGAAGUAUAGAUGGGUUGUUUUUUUUUUACACUUACGAAUACUUUAAAAUGUCUUGUAUUAAAAUUUUCCUAACUUAAAAUUGUUACCUUAAUCUGAAUGCCUACUGUUUGUAUUUUAACUUUAUAGGCUGAAAAUGAAAUUGUAUCAUGUACAAACCAUUUUCAUUCACUCAGAUCAAUAAUAGAAUCUUAUUGCAGACUUGUUUACCCUCAAACUCUUAAAAUCGUACCAUAUCAUCACAAAAUUGUUCAAUACAUUAUCUUAACAGCUUAAUAGUAAAAAAUAAACAUACAAUAUAUAUAAUGUAUACACCUCAAAAUCGUACAUUGUUCGCCAAAAUCAUAAAAGUAAACAGGUCUGUUAUUGUCCUAUCUUCUGAUCUUAUCAGUUUCAAAUAAUAAAGGCAUUGUAAAUUUGCAGGUCCAGCUGUGGUGUUUUCCUUUGUGGCUGCCAUUUUUGUGACACUGAUGAAUGCCCUUGUGUUUGCUGAAUUUGCCACCUACAUUCCCCAAACUGGAGCUUCUUAUGUUUAUAUUUACAAGGUACAAGCAUAGAAUAAUAUGAUCAUCAUUUUUAAAAAAAGCAAUUUGUACAAAGGAAUGCUGUUCUCAGAGAUCUUUAACAAAAAUAAAAAUUUUUUAAGAGAAGUUGCAUGGGGAAAAUGUAAAAUUUUAGAUUUAUUUUAUUUUAGUGUUUUUGAUUCAAUUUCUCCCAUACAAAACUAAUUUUCAUUCGAACAACAUUCCUUCUUACAAAUUGGUUUCAUAUAAAUUUCCAGAUACAGAUGAUCAUAUAAUUGAGUUAUUCUUGUAAAGCUUCAACAGUCUAAGGGCGUCCAUAUAUUUUUGUGAGAAAAGAGCCUGUAAAUCUAAUUUUAAAAAAAAAUCUUGUACCCUUACACAACAUAAGCAAUGCUGGUGUCAAGUGCAUUGUCUUGAACCCUGUCAGUGAGAAAGUACAGACAAAGUAAAGUCUUGUCCAGGUAACUGAACACUAUGCCAUGAGGUCGUUUAGCUUGUCAAACCAGCCAACAAACAAGUAGGCCUAUAGCAAUCUUCAGGCUAGAGCUGUUAAAGUAAAGUGGGAUUUGGUUGUUUUUUUCCCCCCAGGUUUUUGGAGAGUUUGCGGCAUUUCUUUGUGGUUGGGUGAUGAUAACAAGUAAGCAUUUUCCAUAUUUAUUAAGUGAUUUUUAAAAAAACAACAACAUUAUUUCUGAAAAAUGAAUAUGCCUUUUUUAGUGGAAUCUUUUGGCAGCAGGAUUAAAUUAAUUGUAUGGUAUUGUCUCUAUUUCAUUAAAAAAAUCUCCAGUUUAUCAAUUUAAUUCGAUGCAAGUGAAUUAAUGUAAUUGAAUAAUUAAACAAUUUUGUUACUUAUAUUAUUCGGUCUGCAUUGGUCUCUAAAAUAAAUAUUGAGUUUUUUUAUACAGUUUAAAAAAAAAAAAAAAUUUUGUUUGGUGAACAGUAUAUACAAAAAUAGAAAUUGUAUUUCAUCUUAAUUUCAAUCUAUUUCUAGCGUAUGCUUUCUCCAGUUCAGUUGGAGCGCGAGCUUGGAGUGGGAUGUUGGACUCAUUCUUUAACCAUUCUGUUCAGGUUCGUGCGUGUCUGUCUUACAUUUAUUUCCUUUAUUUAUAGACACUUGUGUCUAAACUGGUAAGUCUAGAUCUGUAGUUUUUAUGUCAUUGUAGAGUUAUUCUCUUUAUAUUUUGGUUACACUUGACUACUGUUUUUUUGGAACAGAUAAUAUCUUUGGGAGUCUUCAUUAAUUUAAUGACAAGGAGUAAGAGUAAAUUGUGUCACUGAACCUAAAAUGCAUUAUUGACACUAUUUUGUAUCGUUGACCCUAAAUUGUAUAACUGACCCUAAAUUGUAUAACUGACCCUAAAUUGUAUAACUGACCCUAAAUUGUAUAACUGACCCUAAAUUGUAUAACUGACCCUAAAUUGUAUAACUGACCCUAAAUUGUAUAACUGACCCUAAAUUGUAUAACUGACCCUAAAUUGUAUAACUGACCCUAAAUUGUAUAACUGACCCUAAAUUGUAUAACUGACCCUAAAUUGUAUAACUGACCCUAAAUUGUAUAACUGACCCUAAAUUGUAUAACUGACCCUAAAUUGUAUAACUGACCCUAAAUUGUAUAACUGACCAUAAAUUGUAUAACUGACCCUAAAUUGUAUAACUGACCCUAAAUUGUAUAACUGAAUCUAAAUUGUAUAACUGAAUCUAAAUUGUAUAACUGAAUCUAAAUUGUAUAACUGAAUCUAAAUUGUAUAACUGAAACUAAAUUGCACAACUGACACUAAACUGUAUAAGUGAGCAUAAAUGUUGUCAUCUUUUAAAGAGGCGGUUGUAGCUCCACUGCUAAAGAAGGUGAAUCUCGACCCAAAUGUAUUGGAAAAUUAUCGCCCCGUCUCCAAUCUACCAUUUGUAUAGAAGAUUUUGGAGAAAGUCGAUCUCUGCCAGCUCCUGAAUCACCUCACUCAGUGCGACUUGUUUGAGCCUUUCCAGUCAGCAUACAGGGCACAUUAGUCUACCAUCACUGUAUCACUCUGAAAGCAAUCUGUCAUCGAAUUCGGAGUACCCCAGGGCUCGGUCCAAGGCCCGGUGCUUUUCACUAUGUAUGUUCAGCCCCUGGGUGCAGUUAUCAAGCAGUUUGAUAUGCUAUAUCACAUGUUCGUGGAUGAUACCCAACUUCUGUGCUCCCCUCUCAGUUCCCUCGGCUUCUUAGUAUGACACAGAAGACAGUGGAGUCAGUUAAGCACUGGAUGACUAUAAACAAGCUUAAAUUGAACAAUGAAAAGACUGAGCUGAUCCCCAUUGCUACCGCUCAAAAGCUGAAAUAUAUAACACACAAACCCUUACUCUCUCAGGUAUACAGAUAGAGUUUGCUCAAACAGUGCGAAACCUGUUUACUUAAACAGAACACCAACUAUGGAAAAUCACAUUAACAUGCUUUGCAAGGUGAUUUUUCUAGAGCUGCGCAGAAUUAGUCACAUCAGACCUUUCUUAACAUUAGACGCAUCGAAGAGGCUUAUGUCUGCAUUCGUGCUAUCACGCAUGGACUAUUGCAAUGCUCUUAUAGUGGGUCUUCCAGCUACGCUCCUGGAUAAAAUUAAAAAAGCGCAGAAUAAUGCGGCUCGAAUUGUUCUUCGAAAACGCAAAUUCGACCAUGCUAAAACACUUCUGAGAGAGUUGCAUUGGCUGCCAGUCCGCACUCGCAUAGAGUAUAAAAUUGCAACUCUGCGCUACCGCUGCCUGCAUGAUCCUGUACCGUCCUAUCUCAAAGCGCUACUUACGUCUUAUGUACCUACUAGACAACUCUGCUCAUCUGAUAGUGGCAAACACGUGUUCGCCGUGAGACUUACGAGGGGCGCACUUUCGCAUUUGCUGGCCCAACAAUUUGGAACACUCUUCCUAUCGCUAUCAGAAACAGCCAGACACUGGAGUCUUUCAAAACUGAUUUGAAGACUUAUCUUUUUCGCAAACACCUGCUGGGGUGAUGUUGUCUAUCUAGCUAUUAUCUUUUAGAUAUAUAUUGGCCUGUGUUGUUUAUGGUUGCAAGGUAUGAAAGUCUUAGAAUGGGUAUUCUUGUAUUUACUUUUGUAACAUUGAAUUUUGUACUUCAAUGUGGUAUGUACCGCGCUUUGAGCCUUUGGGGAUGAAACGUGAUUUUUAAAUAAUCUUUAUUAUUAUUUAUUAUUAUUAAGUAUUCAGCCAAUUAGAAUUCAGCUAAUUUUGUAAUUUCACCUAAUCGACUCCGUCCUCAAAAUUCUAGAUUUUAAAUUUUCUUUGAAAAUGUCUGGUUUAAUCUUGGAAAUCUUAGCAUUCCUCUAGGCAGUUUUUUUUGUUCCUUCAGAGUAUAUAUGUUUCAGAUGAUAAAUAUUUCUCUUGCCUGCAGGAACACACUGAUAAAAUUUUUGGGAAGAUACAGUUUGGGAUGCCCUUUGCUGAAUCCUUGGACGUCCUGGCCUUCAUCUUUCAGAUAGGCAUCGUCAUCAUCGUAUCCUGCAACAUUCUCUGCUCAUCCAUCAUCAACACAAUUCUCGGGGUUCUCACCUCCUCUGUGCUUGUAUUUGUUUUUGUCAUGGGUCUUGUGUAUGGGGACGCUGAAAACUUUAAGAAUACAGAUCAUGGAGGAUUUUUCCCAUUUGGCAUUGCCGGAGUGGUGAAGGGGACAUCCCUGGCUCUGUAUGCUACGAGUGGAUUCGAGGUCAUUUCCAUGUCUGCUGAGGUGGGAUCCUGAUUUCAUAGCAAUUUAGAACUGACAUAGUUUUUCACUAUUUAACUAUCAGUACUUGAACCAUUCAAAGAAUUUCACUAUGUUAUUUUCAGUACUUAAACCAUUCAAAGAUUUUUCACUAUUUUACUAUCAGUACUUAGCCAUUCAAAGAUUUUCACUAUGUGAUUGUCAGUACUUCAACCAUUCAAAGAUUUUUCACUAUUUUACUAAGAUUUUCACUAUGCUAUUGUCAAUACUUAAACGAUUCAUUAAUAAAAUGUCCAUCCUUACAUACUAUUUUUACUUUUUUUUCUGUUGGACAGGAAGCCAAGAAUCCAUCAAAAUCUAUUCCCCGCGCCGUCCUGUGUGAGCUGCUUAUUGUUGGCGUGGUGUACAUCGGAGCAGCCAUAGGAAUGUUGUUUCUCAUCCCUUACUAUCUGAUUGACACGCGAUCACCUUUGCCCUCUGCAUUCGAAUACAGCAGUGUGUCCUGGGGAAAAAUCAUUGUCACCGUUGGUCCCAUGUUUGGCAUCACCAAUCUCCAGAUGUUGGGGGUGUACGGUCUGUCUCGGGUCAUGUACAGGAUGGCGAAAGAUGGACUCUUCUUGGAGUGGUUCCUGAAAGUGAACAAAAGGACAGGUGUUCCCCUCAACAGCGUGGUGUGUGUUGGGUUCGUGACAUCGGUCUCUGCCCUGCUCUUUGACUUGUCGUACAUUGUUAAAAUAACUGUGGUCUUGAUGCUGCUCAGCAACCUCUUCAUCGGCUCGGCGCUGAUUAAGCUCAGGAUCACGGAGACCGUUAAAAAGUAUGAGCCCAGAAAGGAACAGGCGCCAGCAAAGAGUCUCAAAACAGAGCGCGACUACUAUGAGAACGAAGUGGUUGUCAGUGAGUACGAGACCUGUGACAGCACGGAAAGCAUUGACGCUGAGACCACAAUAACCGACGGCAACGUAUCCACUGACAACAGCAUCCUUGUGGAUAUCAGUGAUUCCCACAAUGUGGUCAAUGGUCUCUGUUCUGGAGACGGUCCCACAAGAGGAAAUUUUGAAAAUGAAGCAGUUAUCAAAGAAGAGUCUAGUAAGCUGCUAGUUGAUGAGAAGCAAGCAGGAAACCAAGAUGUUGAAGACUUAAAAUUGGGAGUGAGACCUUCGGUUGAAUAUGGGGAUGAUGAAACUGAAGAUGAAACUCUGUUUCAACACCCUUCAUUGGGCGCCGUCGAUCGGGCGUCCCCCACAAGUGAGC